UGGGUUUGAUACGUUUACCCAGCAGACUCCUCCUUUCCAUGUCACAGCCUGCCGUGUUCCUCUGCUGCUCCUCAACAGAAGCCACUCCUGAAUCCGUCUGAUCUUCUCUCAGUCGUAGAUACAACCAGGGAGUCCCAGCUCAGCCUCAAACACCACAACAGGAUGCCUUUGGGAGGAGGAAAUAAGUGUGGCUGCUGCCAGAAGACGGUGUACUUUGCUGAGGAAGUGCAGUGCGAAGGCAAAUAUUUCCACAAGUCCUGCUUUCUGUGCAUGGCAUGUAAAAAGAACCUGGACAGUACAACAGUGGCCUGCCACUUGGACGAGAUCUACUGCAAAUCCUGCUACGGCAAGAAAUAUGGGCCAAAAGGCUAUGGCUUUGGUGGUGGAGCAGGCACCCUGAGCAUGGACACAGGGGCACAUCUUGGAAUCAAACCUGAAGAGCAAGCAGCACACCGCCCCACCAACAACCCCAACGCCUCCAAGUUAGCCACUAAGUUUGGCAGUUCAGACGUGUGCCCGCGCUGUGGCAAGGCGGUGUAUUCUGCUGAGAAGGUGCUCGGAGGUGGAAAUUCCUGGCACAAGGGCUGCUUCCGCUGUGCCAAGUGUGGGAAGGGCCUGGAAUCCACUACCUUGGCAGACAAAGACGGUGAAAUCUACUGUAAAGGAUGUUAUGCCAAAAGCUUUGGUCCCAAAGGCUUUGGAUUCGGCCAGGGGGCAGGGGCCCUGGCUCAUGCUCAGUAGAGCUCAGACCUCCUAUUUCCAACACCUGGACAUUUCAACAGCUUACCAUAGGAUUCCCUUGUCAACUUCUAUUUAAUCUUGCCUCUCACUCCAGCUGCACUCACAGACGAAACAGCCACACUGAGUAAACGGCUUACCUGUGUGUUUACAUUUCCUGCAUACAGUACCAGCAGACACCCCCCCCCCUUUACUUAAGCAAUGGCUCUAAGGUUAAUACUCUACUUAACAACUGUUUUCAUAACCACUAUGAUAAAGAAAACAAAUGCAUAUUAUUGUAUCCUAAUUAAGUUUACUCAUACACAAUCCUUUUUGCAAUUUGAACAAUAAUUCAACCUUAGUAUUUAUUGUAAGUCCUGCUUUUGCGGGUCAUUGGUGCAUACAGUAUUUGUCCAAUUUCACCUGUGUGAAUUUAUUUAAUUUUUGCACAUCCAAACUGUCCCUGAGACACCUUUGGAGAGUGGGUUUACCACCAGCGGUUUUUGUAAAAUUUUAUUUGGCAGUUGGUGAGGUUCCUGAACAGUAUUAAGUAAAAUGGUAGUCUAAGUCUGGAGAACACUACUCACAGUGAUCUUAGACUAUAAGAUUUGCAACACUGAGAUUGUACUGUAUUAAAUACUGUGCAUAUUCAAAACCCAAUAAAAUUAAAAUAAAAACCA